AUGGCUCUUCCCCUUAAUUUAUUUUACACACUCAUACCCAUAGUCUUCUUCUCGCUCCUCCUCCUCCUCUCUGUUGUGUCGUCGGCCCUCGACGACAACAAAGCCGAAAUUUACAUUGUCCACGUGAAGAAGAAGAACCCAAGCUCGAUCGGCGGUGUCGAAACCGAAGACACGAUCAAGAACUAUCACAUGUCUUUUCUUCCCCAGGGAGCUAAAGACUCCCUGAUCUACUCGUACAUGUACGCCAUAAGUGGAUUCUCAGCAAGACUAACAGCCAAACAAGUCGAAAUCAUCAAGAAGAAAGAAGACUUUAUCUCGAUCCUCCCAGAUAGUACAUCCCAUCCGCUGACGACCCGUUCCCCAGCAUUCCUCGGGCUGAACCAGUGGAGCGGAGCCUGGCCGCAGACGGGUCUCGGCGAUGGAGUUGUCGUCGGGCUCAUUGACGGCGGGAUAGCCCCAGGCCACCCCUCGUUCAAUGGCUCCGGCAUGUCGCCCCAGCCUACCAGCUGGAAGGGGAGGUGCGACCUGCCUGAGAAGUUUGGUUGCAACAACAAAGUCAUAGGCGCUAGGGCGUUCAAAGGGGGAAAUGUCUCCGCCUUGCCGGUGGACAGGUAUGGACACGGGACCCACACGGCCAGCAUAGCUGUCGGGGCAUUCGUACACAACGUCAGUGUCCAAGGCAACGCGCGCGGGACCGCAUCCGGGGUGGCCCCACGCGCUCACCUCGCGGCGUACAAAGUCUGCUUUGCUGGCUGCCAAGCAAGCGACACGUUGGCCGGUAUCGACGCUGCCAUCGAGGAUGGGGUGGACUUGUUGUCCAUAUCCUUGGUCGGUGUGUUCAAACCAUUUUACGAAAGCGUUAUAGCGAUUGGCGGUUUCGCAGCGGCCAAGAAAGGAAUCCUCACCAGCGUGGCAGCGGGGAACAAUGGUCCUUCUGCCUGGACGGUGAUCAACGACACGCCCUGGCUUCUCACUGUCGGGGCAAGCACGAUCGACCGAAGGAUUCGGGCCACGGCGAAGAUGGGAAAUGGGUUGGCGUUCGACGGGGAGUCUGUGUUCCAGCCCAAAAACUUCUCUUCUCAUAACUUCUUGCAACUCGUCUACUACAACAUGUGCUACAAUGGGUCACUGGUCGGGUUCGAUGUCAGGAACAAGAUCGUGUUGUGCGACGGAGAUGAUAUAACUUCAUCAGCCGAAGAAGUUAAGAAUGUCGGUGGUACCGCCAUGAUACUGGCCAACACUGAAGAUGUCGGGUUUAGCCGCGAGUCUUAUCUAGUCGACUUACCAUCCACGACGGUGUCCUUUACGGUGGGCCAGGAAAUCAAGGCCUACAUAACGUCAACAUCCUCCCCGACAGCAACAAUCUCGUUCAAGGGGACGGAGCUCGGUUACCCGAUUUCUCCAGUUGUCUCCUAUUUCUCGUCUAGGGGGCCCAACAGGCAAGCUCCCGGGGUUUUGAAACCGGAUAUCAUUGGGCCGGGCGAAAACAUUCUUGCUGGGUGGUCUCCUUUGAACCCGGAUAAUUUGGGGAUCACAUUUGCAAUCGAUUCAGGCACGUCGAUGGCGUGUCCUCACAUCAGUGGGGUCGCGUCCUUGAUCAAGAGCGCCCAUCCUGACUGGUCGGCAGCGGCUGUGAAAUCAGCUAUCAUGACCACUGCGUACCUCGUCAACCCCCACGGCAAACCGAUUCUCGACGAGAAACUUACUCCGGCCAAUAUCUACGCGACGGGGGCCGGCCACAUCAACCCAAACAGGGCGUUGGAUCUGUGCGGCUUUGGAUACACGGAGAGCCAGGUCGAGAUGAUCACGCAGGAGCCAGUCAAUUGCUCGUCGAAAAUCCCUCAGGGCCAGCUGAACUACCCCACGUUCUCGGCUUCGCUCGGCUCGCCCCAGAAUUUCUCUCGGACCGUCACCAACGUGGGCGAGCCCGUAUCGUGCUACUCCAUGAGCAUAGUCGAGCCCCUCGGUGUGAAUGUCGUUGUGAGGCCAUCGAGGAUGUGUUUCACGAAAUUGAAGCAGAAGGCGACGUACUAUGUGACGUUUCACCGCAGAAAGAACAUGACCGGUUGGGAGAAUAAUGAAUCUUUUUCACAAGGCUUCUUGCUCUGGGAAUCAGAAAAGCACACAGUCAGGAGUGUUAUAGCAAUCAACAUCACUAGAAAAGCCUUCUAA